UCUUUUUGCUUCGCUCGUACCGAAGCUCCGGUUGGGACUUGGGAUCGGAGGAGUGGAGCUUUGGGUUUCCGUUUCAGUUUCCGUUUCCGUUUCCGUUUCCGUUUCUUCCCACUCGAAGCCGAAGGAGGUCAAAGUUGCAGAGAACCGAGGGGAGGAGACGACUGGAGCAACGGAGGAAGUAGCGCGUAGCGAGCAAGAGAAAGAGAGGGAGAGUUAAACCAAACACCUCUCUCCGAGCUGGCUAGAAUACUUCUUCCUAUUGAUUUUUCUUUUGGAGGUCAUAUAUAAUUGAUCGACGUGGGAUCGAUAGAUAGAUUGAUUGAUUGAUAUAUCGGUGAUGGACGAAGUGAUCACCGCAACCGAUGCAUCCUCCAACUCUCAGUCGACGUCGUCGCCUAAUUUUCUCCCCUCUAACCUCCCUCUCCUCUCUGCGUUCCUCGCCUUUGCUCUCGCUCAAUUUCUCAAGGUCUUCACCACUUGGUUCAAGGAGAAACGAUGGGAUACUAGAAGGAUGCUUGGGUCAGGUGGAAUGCCAUCAUCACAUUCAGCAACUGUGACAGCGCUUGCAGCAGCUAUAGGUUUUCAGGAGGGUAUUGGAGGAUCAGCAUUUGCACUCGCUGUGGUUAUGGCAUCUGUUGUAAUGUAUGAUGCAACUGGAGUUAGACUUCAUGCUGGUCGGCAAGCUGAAUUGUUGAACCAAAUUGUGUGUGAGCUACCUCCAGAGCACCCUUUAUCUAAUGUCAGACCUCUUCGUGAUUCACUAGGCCAUACUCCACUUCAGGUUAUUGCUGGUGCCGUCUUGGGAAGUAUCGUAUCAUUUCUCCUGAGAAACACCAGUUAGGAAGAGGCAUCACCAACGUCUAUUCUUACCCUGUCACUGCAAUCUUAACAAGGUGGUUGUACGUUUGAAGUAGCAUGUCAACUUGAUAUGUUGAGGAAAUAUGGUGAGAGUUGUACAAUUGGGUCCCUAAUCGUUGAUAGUUUAUAGAAUGCUAUGGAGUUAUUCAUUUUGUGGACUAGGAUGUUAUGCCGGAUUAGACAAUGGCAUGUAUUGCCCUUGCCUCUAUCAUUUUUGGCUCGACAGAUCCACACCAUGGUGGCUUGGAUUUCAUGGUCCAAUGGCUAUUUCUGCUCAAUGUAUGAAACUGAAAAGCUCCAUCAUCAUUUGCUUCCUUUCAUUUUUGUCCCCACUUGUUUUUAGGGGUUACUCAGUUAUUCAGUUAUCCCCUUGUCAUAGAAUUUCUCGUGGGAAAGGUUCAGUAUAACUCAUUUACAAGACUACAUAAAAUACAACAAUCCAUCUAUGGAGGUGGUCCUUGUUUUCAUUAAA